AUGAGUGCCCAUGUUGAUACAAACAAGAAUGUUAACUGGAUGGAUUCCCGCGGCUUCUGGACUUUUUACAUCUUGCUUUUGGCUUCCCUGUACAUGGCGAUACCCAUCAUCCUUCCUCAUGGUGACGCUCUCACAGCAAUGAAUGUUAUUCACGGCGUGGUCUCUUUUGGUAUCAUGCACUGGAUUAAGGGCUCACCAGACGACAACUCGAUGGGCGACUACCGUGAGCUCACGUUCUAUGAACAGAUCGACCAAGGUCGCCCAUGGACGAACACAAAGAAGUUCCUCAUGAUGAUUCCAACGUUUCUAUUUCUGGCCGCUUCGGUCGCUACGGACUACAAUACACGCCACCUGCUUAUCAAUUUUCCCAUCUGGGCGACGCUCAUUUUGGCCAAACUGCCUGAACUUGAUCGUGUGCGAAUCUUUGGCAUUAAUUCUACGGUUGGCAUUGACGAUCACAAGAAGAACUAG